AUGGCCGACACGGUUUCACUUUUGCGGAGGCUAAUACUCGAGUCACCACCGGGAGAAUGGGCUGUCAACCAGCUUCGUGAGCUGCUCAUCGGCGCCCUCAAGCAGGGGCCGAUCCCUCAGCACGUUGCUUUCGAGAUGGACGGCAACAGACGUUACGCUAGAAGUCGUCGCAUGGAGACUGUCGAAGGACAUCACCGUGGCUUCGAGGCCUUGGCUAGGAUUAUGGAAAUCUGCUACAAGUGCGGCGUCAAGGUCGUGACUGUCUACGCGUUCAGCAUCGAGAACUUCAACCGGCCAAAAUACGAGGUCGAAGGACUAAUGCAGCUUGCAAAGGUUAAACUGGAGCAGCUCACAACCUACGGCGACAUCCUUGACCGCUAUGGAGCUUGCGUCCGAAUCCUGGGCCAGCGUGAGUUGAUACGCGAAGACGUUCUGGAAGUAAUGGACAAGGCUGUCGCAAGGACCAAGCACAACAAGAAGCGGCUAACAGUCUGGCUUAGGGCUGUCCUGAAUAUUUGCUUCCCCUAUACCUCGAGGGCAGAGAUGACAACCGCCAUCCGAUCAACCGUGCAAGAGUUUCUGUCUCCGACGCCGCCCAAGAACACCCCCUUCUCGCCAUCGCGCAUAAGGCAAAAGAUAUUGUCCAACCAACUCGAUGGACGUGAGCCACUGCCCACAAUCCCAGACGAGCCACUUGACGAUGUCGAGUUCGACGAUAACGAUUCCUCUUCUACUACUUUGCCCCCGGACUCUCCCGAGCCUCGAUUGCUGACCAGGUCGGGGUCGUAUGGCUCUACGGCGCUGCCCAACCCCGACAGCAUUACAGUAGACACCAUCGAGAGACACAUAUACACUGCUGAUGACCCCCCUCUGGACAUUUUUGUCAGGACGAGCGGCGUUGAGCGGCUCAGCGACUUCAUGCUCUGGCAGUGCCACCAAGACACGCACAUCUUCUUCCGCAAGUGCCUAUGGCCCGAUUUCGACCUAAAGGACUUUAUAUGGGUGCUCUUGGAGUGGCAAUGGAGACAGAAGCAGUCGGAUAGAGAGAACUCCUCGGUCAAGGCGAGGACUAACAAGGCGCGAAGCAUGAUGGAGUGA